AUGCAAAGGAAUACCUAUUAUAAGCUGCGCGAAGAAUUAGAACAGCUUCGAGCAUCUCGAGGUGACCAGGUACCCCAACCCAAGCCCCCUAAAGCGGAACCCACAAAACAGGCCAGCGAAAAGCAUUUACCGCCAGAAAACAAGGAGAGGGACUUUGUGCUGCCGUGGUGGUGGCGCCUGCUCUCAUGCAGCUGGCGUGUGCAGAUGGCUUUCACCCUGCUAUUGUGGGCGACCCUUCUCAACGUGGGCUUCGGAGCUGUCUUCUUCGUAUGCGCCUGCCUCUACUGGCUCUAUGCUUGGGGUACGGAGACUCAGCGUCGCAAUCUUCGGCCGAACACCAUUCUCGCUGGCUGUUACCAACGUUUCUUGUCCUAUUGUCCAAAGACAAGGCCUUCCGCAUUGGAUACAUCUGUGCAGCACAUAAGCGAGCGAGAGCCUGAAGAUGUCGACUUUAAUCCCUCUUUAAAUCCUUCCAAUACGACGCUCUUUCUGCACUCCACUUUGCGUUCAAUCACACAAAGCUCUCCAUUGAAAAAGAUGCUUCGCUUGGAAGACAGAGAUAAGGUAAAGCAUCUCAAAAAAGGGCUGCAGCGAUGGAGCUCUUGUGGUUCUGUGUACAUAGGUGAAUGCUGCUUGUCGAAACCAGAUUCUAAGCUGAUUUUACAUUGCAUCUCUGUCGCAGUAUGCUCAUUAAUCAAGUCUGAGAGAACGCGAGGCCAAAAAGAUUUCGAAAACCUUUAUUCAGGUGAUUGCGACCCUCUCAUUGAAUGUUAUUCUGAUCAAUCGCCCAGCCUAACUUCCACUUAUGAUCUGGAAAAUGAAUGCUCUACCGGACAUGAACUUUACAAGGAAGUCUACGAAAUUUACGACGAAAGAGUGCACCCAUUAUUUCCACUGUCUUCGUACUGUCAGGUGGAUUCACACUUCUCUCUGGGUGAACCUCCAUACAUUGUCCUCCGUUUUCAACACCAAAUAUUGUAUUUUCUUAAUCGCUUAUUCUCCUCCUCUCUCCUUACGGCUGAGAGCGCAAUCGUGGCUCUUGUUUAUCUGGAGCGCCUGAUAAGCAGCCUUGAAAUGUGCGUCGUGGCUUGGUCUUGGCGUCGUCAGCUCUUGGCUUGCAUCCUAAUCGCUUCCAAAGUUCUCGACGAUCAGGCUGUUUGGAAUGCUGACUACUGCCAACUCCUCAAAGAUGUCCAUGUCAAUGAUUUGAACGACCUGGAGCGGCAUACACUGAGCCUGCUACAAUUUAACACAGGCGUGCCACCGGCGGUCUACGCACGCUACUACUUUGAUCUGCUUAGCCUUGGUGAGGCGGUAGCGCUACCCGCGACAAACGUCGGCGAACGACGACGCAUGACCCCGGGCCUGGCCCGCCACCUUCGCGUGCUGCCGGUGAGUGCGGAGGCACGCGCUGAGCAUCUCGCCGCCGCGGCCUCCGCUGGCAUUGCUUUUGGUGGUGGAGGAAUUCUUUUCGACCUACCCUGUUCAUCCCUUGCCGACGCCUCCUCCGAUGCCUCGCCCCAACAGGAUCAUCAAACUGGGUGCCCCAGUCAGCGACUUCGCUCGCGACAGCGACCACACUCCGCCAGUCCAUCGCUCUCCUCUACACGGCCACGCCACACGUCCAUGGGCACCAAGCCGAAGACUCGCCACCAUCAUCAUCCACAGGCCGCCAGCGAGAGCGAAUACGAGCAAUCGACAUCGGCGGUCUCGACAUUCGCCUCCACCUCGUCAUCGUCCUCCUCCUUGACGUGGAAGUCCUCUGCUUCUGCUUCUCCUGUCUCUUCAUCCUCCACCUUUUCCGCCGUCUCGGGUUGUUUUCAACUGCCCACUGCUGUCUCCAACGCCGCCUUCGAUCCUUGGACGACACCCACGGCCACCUUCCGCUUUGGUACUGGUGGUAGUGGUGGAGGCGGUGUCACUGGACGUGGUGACGAUGUUGCAACCAGUAGCACCCUUUUUCUCCUCCAACAGGACUCGGGUCUCUACUGA